AUGUUGUCCCAAGUCGCACUCCUCUCCCUCGUCGCCAGCAUGGCAGCUGCGCAGACUCUCAACAUCCCCACUCGCUCCGGCAGCAUCGUGUCGCUCCCCCAGCCCAGCACCAUCACCGGCAGCGUCAACUUCGGUAACAAGGAGUUCGACCGCGGUCGGCCUUGCAACUCAGACGAGGACACUGGCAGUGACAGCGCCGUCUUCAUCCUGCAGAACGGCGCGUCCAUCUCCAACGUCAUUAUUGGCGCAAAUGCGCUCGAGGGCGUGCACUGCUUGGGCUCCUGCACCCUGACAAACGUCUGGUUCCGCGACGUCUGCGAAGACGCCAUCUCCAUCCUCGGCAGCGGCAACGCCCUCAUCCAAGGCGGAGGCGCCGCUCAAGCCAGCGAUAAAGUUAUUCAGCACAACGGCGCCGGCACCGUAACCAUCAAAAACUACACCAUCGUCAACGCCGGCAAGCUCUACCGCUCCUGCGGCGACUGCACCGACAACUCCAAAAAGUCGCCCCGCAAGGUCAUCGUCGAGAACGUCAGGGCUUUCGGGCUUACGUCUGAUCUCAUUGGUAUUAACAGCAACUUCGGUGACACAGCCUCCAUUAGCGGAUCUUGCGGAACGACAAAGAAGGUGUGCCAGGAGUACAAGGGUGUUAACAAGGGCAAUGGGAGUAGUAGCAAGGUUAGCUCGACGAGUGCUUGCACUGGUGCUCAGGGUAAGCUUUCAGCGCUUCCGAGCUGUUAG